AUGCUUUGGUCUUUCUUCAGUCAUCAUCAGGAUAAGUCUUUCUUCAGUCAUCAUCAGGAUAGGUCUUUCUUCAGUAAUCAUCAGGAUAAGUCUUUCUUCAGUCAUCAUCAGGAUAAGUCUUUCUUCAGUCAUCAUCAGGAUAGGUCUUUCUUCAGUCAUCAUCAGGAUAAGUCUUUCUUCAGUCAUCAUCAGGAUAGGUCUUUCUUCAGUCAUCAUCAGGAUAGGUCUUUCUUCAUCAUCAUCAGGAUAAGUCUUUCUUCAGUCAUCAUCAGGAUAGGUCUUUCUUCAGUCAUCAUCAGGAUAAGUCUUUCUUCAGUCAUCAUCAGGAUAGGUCUUUCUUCAGUCAUCAUCAGGAUAAGAGUCAUCAUCAGGAUAGGUCUUUCUUCAGUCAUCAUCAGGAUAGGUCUUUCUUCAGUCAUCAUCAGGAUAAGUCUUUCUUCAGUCAUCAUCAGGAUAGGUCUUUCUUCAGUCAUCAUCAGGAUAAGUCUUUCUUCAUCAGAUCAUCAUCAGGAUAGGUCUUUCAUCAUCAUCAGGAUAAUCAUCAUCAGGAUAAGUCUUUCUUCAGUCAUCAUCAGGAUAAGUCUUUCUUCAGUCAUCAUCAGGAUAUGUCUUUCUUCAGUCAUCAUCAGAUAUUUUCUUCAGUCAUCAUCAGAUAAUCAUCAUCAGGAUAAGUCUUUCUUCAGUCAUCAUCAGGAUAAGUCUUUCUUCAGUCAUCAUCAGGAUAGGUCUUUCUUCAGUCAUCAUCAGGAUAAGUCUUUCUUCAGUCAUCAUCAGGAUAGGUCUUUCUUCAGUCAUCAUCAGGAUGGUGUAAUCAUCAGGAUAUUUUCUUCAGUCAUCAUCAGGAUAAGUCUUUCUUCAGUCAUCAUCAGGAUAGGUCUUUCUUCAGAUAAGUCUUCCUUCAGUCAUCAUCAGGAUAGGUCUUUCUUCAGUCAUCAUCAGGAUAAGUCUUUCUUCAGUCAUCAUCAGGAUGGUCUUUCUUCAGUCAUCAUCAGGAUAAGUCUUUCUUCAGUCAUCAUCAGGAUAAGUCUUUCUUCAGUCAUCAUCAGGAUAGUCAUCAUCAGGGUCAUCAUCAGGAUAAGUCUUUCUUCAAAUCAGGAUAGGUCUUUCUUCAGUCAUCAUCAGGAUAGGUCUUUCUUCAGUCAUCAUCAGGAUAAGUCUUUCUUCAGUCAUCAUCAGGAUAAGGAUCUUUCUUCAGUCAUCAUCAGGAUAAUCAAUCAGGAUAAGUCUUUCUUCAGUCAUCAUCGGAUCAUCAUCGGAUGUCUUUCUUCAGUCAUCAUCAGGAUAAGUCUUUCUUCAGUCAUCAUCAGGAUGUCUUUCUUCAUCUUUCUUCAUCAUCAUCAUCAAGGAUGUCUUUCUUCAGUCAUCAUCAGGAUAAGUCUUUCUUCAGUCAUCAUCAGGAUGUCUUUCUUCAGGAUCAAUCAUCAGGAUAAGUCUUUCUUCAGUCAUCAUCAGGAUAGGUCUUUCUUCAGUCAUCAUCAGGAUAAGUCUUUCUUCAGUCAUCAUCAGGAUGUCUUUCUUCAGAUAAGUCUUUCUUCAGUCAUCAUCAGGAUAGGUCUUUCUUCAUCAGUCAUCAUCAGGAUAAGUCUUUCUUCAGUCAUCAUCAGGAUAGGUCUUUCUUCAGUCAUCAUCAGGAUAGGUCUUUCUUCAGUAAUCAUCAGGAUAAGUCAUUUCUUCAGUCAUCAUCAGGAUUCUUUCUUCAGUCAUCAUCAGGAUAGGUCUUUCUUCAAUCAUCAGGAUAAGUCUUUCUUCAGUCAUUAUCAGGAUAAGUCUUCCUUCAGUCAUCAUCAGGAUAAGUCUUUCUUCAGUCAUCAUCAGGAUAAGUCUUUCUUCAGUCAUCAUCAGGAUAGGAUAGUCAUCAUCAGGAUAAGUUCUUCAGUCAUCAUCAGGAUAAGUCUUUCUUCAGUCAUCAUCAGGAUAGGUCUUCAGGAUAAGUCUUCAGUCAUCAUCAGGAUAAGUCUUUCUUCAGUCAUCAUCAGGAUAAGUCUUUCUUCAGUCAUCAUCAGGAUAGGUCUUUCUUCAGUCAUCAGGAUAAGUCUUUCUUCAGUCAUCAUCAGGAUGUCUUUCUUCAGUCAUCAUCAGGAUAAGUCUUUCUUCAGUCAUCAUCAGGGAUGUCUUUCUUCAGUCAUCAUCAGGAUAAGUCUUUCUUCAGUCAUCAUCAUCAGGAUGUCUUUCUUCAGUCAUCAUCAGGAUAAGUCUUUCUUCAGUCAUCAUCAGGAUGUCUUUCUUCAGGAUAAGUCUUUCUUCAGUCAUCAUCAGGAUAAUCAUCAUCAGGAUAGGUCUUUCUUCAGUCAUCAUCAGGAUAAGUCUUUUCUUCAGUCAUCAUCAGGAUGUCUUUCUUCAGUCAUCAUCAGGAUAAGUCUUUCUUCAGUCAUCAUCAGGAUAAGUCUUUCUUCAGUCAUCAUCAGGAUGUCUUUCUUCAGUCAUCAUCAGGAUAGGUCUUUCUUCAGUCAUCAUCAGGAUAAUCAUCAUCAGGAUAAGUCUUUCUUCAGUCAUCAUCAGGAUGAUUUCUUCAGUCAUCAUCAGGAUAAGUCUUUCUUCAGUCAUCAUCAGGAUAAGUCUUUCUUCAGUCAUCAUCAGGAUAAGUCUUUCUUCAGUCAUCAUCAGGAUGUCUUUUCUUCAGUCAUCAUCAGGAUAGGUCUUUCUUCAGUCAUCAGUAAUCUUUCUUCAGUCAUCAUCAGGAUGUCUUUCUUCAGUCAUCAUCAGGAUAAGUCUUUCUUCAGUCAUCAUCAGGAUAAGUCUUUCUUCAGUCAUCAUCAGGAUAGGUCUUUCUUCAGUCAUCAUCAGGAUAAGUCUUUCUUCAGUCAUCAUCAGGAUAAGUCUUUCUUCAGUCAUCAUCAGGAUAAGUCUUUCUUCAGUCUUUCUUCAGUCAUCAUCAGGAUAGGUAUUUCUUCAGUCAUCAUCAGGAUAGGUCUUUCUUCAGUCAUCAUCAGGAUAAGUCUUUCUUCAGUCAUCAUCAGGAUAAGUCUUUCUUCAGUCAUCAUCAGGAUAAGUCUUUCUUCAGUCAUCAUCAGGAUAGGUCUUUCUUCAGUCAUCAUCAGGAUAAGUCUUUCUUCAGGCAUCAUCAGGAUAAGUCUUUCUUCAGUCAUCAUCAGGAUGUCUUUCUUCAGUCAUCAUCAGGAUAAGUCUUUCUUCAGUCAUCAUCAGGAUAGGUCUUUCUUCAGUCAUCAACAGGAUAAGUCUUUCUUCAGUCAUCAUCAGGAUGUCUUUCUUCAGUCAUCAUCAGGAUAA